CAGAAAUCUACCACUAACGAUCAUUGCUACGCCCGCAUCACCACGUAUCCGCUACCACUGCCGAAUACUAUCUUGCGCUCCACUGUCUCCUCUUAACUUGAAUCAUGGCGGACGACGAUGAGAAUAUGAGCGAAGAGCUCAACAACGAAGACGCCGAGACCGAACAGAAAGUCAUCAACGAGGAAUACAAGACAUGGAAGAAGAACGCUCCGUUUCUCUACGAUAUGAUACUCAGUACGGCUCUGGAUUGGCCCACGCUGACCACACAAUGGAUGCCAGAUGUCAUCGAUAUGCCUGGUACCAAUUACUCGAAGCAUCGUCUCUUGAUCGGAACACAUACUGCUCCAGGUCAACCGAAUUACCUAGAGAUCGCACAAGUCCAACUACCGAAACCCAGAAAGCCAGAUGUCAAAGAUUACAAUGAAGAGACGGGAGAAAUUGGGGGCUAUGGCGGAGGACCUUCCGGUAAGAAUCAGAUUGAGGUCAAGUUCAACAUCGUUCAGAAAAUCGACCACCCUGGCGAAGUGAACAAAGCUCGGUACCAGCCUCAAAAUCCAAACCUCAUUGCUACGAUGUGCACGGACGGUCGGGUCAUGGUUUGGGACAAGAGCAAACUAUCAGGUCGACCAUCGGGGACACCGACGCCGACAAUCGAGCUUCAUGGCCACGAGCGGGAAGGUUAUGGAUUGAGUUGGGACCCUCGUCAGGCGGGUCAGCUUGCGACCGCCAGUGAAGACUGUACGGUCAGAUUAUGGGACAUCACGCAAGCGUCGAAAAGCAACACCGUGCUCAAAGAGUCGAGGAAAUACACCCAUCACAAUGGCAUCGUCAAUGAUGUGCAAUAUCAUCCAAUACUGGCCAACCUUUUGGGCUCCGUGUCAGACGACUUGACGAUGCAGCUCAUCGAUCUGAGAAAUUCCGAUACCACGAGAUCGGCACUGAAAGGCGAGAACCAACACCGAGACGCCAUCAACGCCAUUGCGUUCAACUUGGCCGUGGAUACCUUGGUGGCAACGGGCAGUGCCGAUAAAACAAUCGCAAUCUGGGAUCUACGGAAUCUUAAUCAUAAACUGCAUGUGCUUGAGGGUCAUAAUGACAGCGUAACGACCCUCGAGUGGCAUCCGUUCGAAGAAUCAGUCCUCGCUUCCAGCAGCUAUGACCGACGAAUUAUGUUCUGGGAUUUGGCCAGAGUGGGAGAAGAGCAGACGCCUGAAGACAGCGAAGACGGGCCGCCAGAGCUACUUUUCAUGCACGGAGGACAUACCAACCGAAUCAGUGACUUCUCGUGGAACAAGAACAAUCCUUGGGUCGUGUGCAGCGCGGCAGAUGACAAUCUUAUUCAGGUCUGGAAAGUUGCAGAGGCAAUCGUUGGACCGGAUACUGAGGACGUCCCUAUGAAUGAGCUUGAGGGUUAGAAAUCCAGAGGAAUGGUCCGAACCUUUGAUUUGGCGGCGUUUUGUUUUAAGACUCCGGGUUGUUACUGUAAUCGCUGUUGGUUGCGAAUGCAUAACCUGGAUUCCGACUUCAGCAAUGGUUAUCGAUGAAGACCUCUCGAAAGGUCGUGGCAGGGGCAUGUUCUAGUGCCACGGAUUACGGGGAGUCUCUUAAGGGCAUACAGGGUAUCUUCAGGCACUAAGGAGACUUGCUAGACUGUCUGGCAAGUACAUAUGAUGUGUAUUCUCACCUGGAAAAAGCGCUACAUACUACCCACCUCAGUACGACGCGUACUCCGUAUUCCACAAAGUUACAAAACAUAAGAGGGGGCCAUUGUGGCUAUGACUAGGCGUGCUACGCU